AUGGAGUCCUGCAACGUGGAACUGAUUUUUGACCACGUGGGACACUUUGGCAAGUUCCAAAUAAUCCUGUAUAUGAUAUGUGCCUACCAGAACAUCUCCUGUGGCAUGCACUACCUGGCUUCUGUGUUCAUGUCGAGUAUCCCCGAGCAUGCUUGCAGGCCCCCAGGCAAGAUUCGGAGGGCUGUUUUUCAUAACUUAUCUGCUUGGAGUUUGGAGGACAUACUGGCCCUGCGGUCCCCAGACCAGAAAGAUCACAUUACCGUGGAAUUGCAGGAUGGGCAGAUCUGGGAGCUCACAAGAUGUAGCAGGACCUGGAGGGAGAACAAGUCAGACUUGAACCACGAGUCCAGUGGCUAUGGGCUCAACAGCUCUUGCUCUGAUGGCUAUGUGUAUGACCACAGCAAAUGGAGAAAUUCUGUGGUGGAAAACUUGAACCUGGUCUGCAAAUGGAAAUGGUAUGCAUACAUGAUCCAGCCCUUGUUUAUAUUUGGCAUGCUGCUGGGAUCAAUUAUUUUUGGCUACCUUUCUGACAGAUUCGGAAGACGGACAGUUCUGUGGAGCACAAGCAUCGCUGUGUUCUUUUUUGGAACAGCGUCCAUCUUUAUAUUAGAUUAUUUCAGCUUCAUGGCGGUACGCUUUCUCCUUACCAUGGCUUUCAGUGGCUAUUUUGGGGUGGCCUUUGUCUAUGUGAUGGAGUUUGUCGGCAAGAAGUCUCGCACAUGGGCAUCCGUGCAUCUGAACACCUUCUUUGCUAUUGGCGUAAUGCUGGUGGCUUUGGUAAGCUCCUUGGUCAACGCCUGGUGGCUUUAUCAGAUCAUCCUGUGCACAGUGACUGCCCCUUUCAUCCUGUGUUGCUGGAUGCUCCCAGAGACCCCUCUUUGGCUGAUCUCAGAGGGAAGAUACAAAGAAGCUCAAGGGGUCAUCAAUGCCAUGGCUGUGUGGAAUAAAUCCCGCCCCUGUGACCUGGCAGAACUUUUAUCACUGGACAUGAGUAGUUCCUGUGAUGAAAGCUGUCCAGCCUUCCGGAAACUCAGCCUGGCAGAUCUGUUCCAUGACUGGGAUGUCGCAAAAAGGACGCUCAUUGUUUGGCUGGUUUGGUUCACAGCAAAUUUGGGAUACUACAUAUUUUUCAUGGAGGCUACUUGGAAAAAGGAAGAUCAGCACCUGUACCUCUUCGUCGUGGGUGCUUUGGAAAUACCCGUCUACUUCUUUAUAUGCAUCUCUUUGGAUAGGGUGGGAAGAAGAUACACCGCGGUCUCCUGCCUUUUGCUGGCCUCCUUCAUCAGCGUCGCGUGCGUGGCCACGCCCCCGAGUCACAAGACUUUGAAGACAACGGCGGUUUUGACUGUCAAAACUGCUACAGGGUCAGCAUUAGCCUUCCUUUUCAUUUACACAGCGGAGCUGUAUCCCACAAUCGUAAGGUGUUUGGCUGUGGGGAGCAGCAUCAUGGUGUCACGAAUGGCAAGCUUCAUCGUCCCUUUCACCAACCAAGUCUGGAUUGUCCUGCCACAGGUUUUGUUUGGGAUCCUGGCCAUACUGAGUGGAUUGUUGUCGCUGAAGCUCCCCGAAACCCUCAACAAACCUUUGGCAUCUACCUGGGAGAAGACUGAACAGAAGGCGCCAGAAAACAAGGACGGCUCAGACGAAGCCCCUCCUACAGCCCAGAAGGGUGGCUCCGGCAAAGCCCUGCCCACAGCUAAGAACAUUGAGAUGGGAAAACACGGAAGUGAUUAA